CAACAGUAGAUAGACGCAUCGCUGCAUGCUCCGCGAUCUCUCAAGUGAAGUAAAAAUAUUGAAAUAAAGGCGUUGAAAGACUUUUAAAAGUAGAUUAAAGUGUGUAUUAGUGUUUUAGUCACGAUUCCGAUUGCCGAUUCCAAAGGUGCAGUUGAUAAGCAAACAGAAGGCCUUACCAAUCCAAAGUCUGAUAGCCAAGCGGCAUAUUUCCUUCAUAAAGAUAUUAAAUACCCCCAGGCUGAUACAAAGAGCGUAGAAGAAAAACAGAAUACCCAACAAAAUGCGAACACAACUGAGAACUGACUUAACAUACCUGAACACUGGUCUAACGAGCAGUCACCCAAAAAGCGAUGUCGUCAAGGUAACUGACGAAAUGUCCAAAGACAAUGACUCCGUUCGGCCAGACUCUAAGGAGGCGGCUAAUUCAAAUAUCAUCGAACUUACGGCUGAAAGUAUAAGGAUUGCGGAGGAUGGCCUUUUAAAUAAAUUUGGCAACUCAAUUAAGACCAUCAAAGCGGAUUUCAUCAGGACGGUCUACGGUAUCCUGUCAUGUCAAUUUUUACUGACGGUUGCCAUCGUCACGCCAUUUUCCUUUUACAAGCCGUCACCGGAAUGGAUAAAUACUAACGUAAUGAUGAUGUUAUCUUGUUUAGUGAUUGAGCCGGUGAUUGUGUUUUCAUUUAUGUUCUCUGGCCGACUAAGGAUAGAACCUCCAAUGAACGUCGUAUGCCUCGGAUUGCUGACCAUAUCCAUGGGUUUAGUUCUUGGAUUCGCCUCGAUAGGUUUAGAGACUUAUAGGAUGCUAACAGCGCUCGCUAUCUCCGCAACAGUGUUUCUCGUGGUGUCUGUCUUCGCUUUACAAACUAAACACGACUUCACAGGAAAGGCAAUGAUAUACGUAAUAUUUUUCUUAUUGGUGAUUGGCUGUAUAAGCUUAGUGACGUGCUUUGUGAUGCCUAAGAAGAAAGUACAGCACAUCACCGGAUCCUUGGGGGCUUUCAUCUGCAUCGUGACCAUGAAUUUCGUCACUCAACAUACGUUCAAGGACAGUCAAAUCAAACCCGAAGAGUAUAUCGAUGCUGUUCUCUGUCUUUACCUAAACUUUUUAAACUUACUCAACUACAUCGUACUGGCAUUUGGCUUAGAUUUAUGGUAAAAAAAAAAAUAAUAAACACCAAAUUCAAUCACCUUUAAUGAAGAUAACACAAAGAUAUACUCAAAUCGUGGUUUUAUUUCAUUGUUUUUGUAUUUUUUUUAAGUCAGUAAUGUAGGUAUUUUAGUAAG